GUCGUUAAUUAUUACAUGUAUCGAUUAUAUUUAUUAUUCUUUAUGUAUUUAUAUCGUAAAAUAAAUGCGCAUUAGCUUUGUGCGCGUUAUAUUUAAUACGUAUCAUUGAAACGCAUGUCACCACUAUCAAUGAAAGGUGUACAUAAAUAAAAGAAAUUGAAAAGUAAAAUGGAAAAAACUAUCAGUAAAAUACUUGAUGUGUCUUGGAGAUUCGGUGUAACCGCAGCAAAUAGUGAUUCGGACAAAGUUGGCAAAUCUUUUCUGCAGCUAAAAUUAUGUCUCGAUGAAGGUAACAGAAUAAAAGAUCACUUCAUCGAGAUGAGUAUCCCUGAAUUUUAUAAAUUUUUGCAUGAUCUAGAGAAAGCAAAGAUUAAUCUCGACUUAUUAGUUUGAAUACUUUAAUUAUAUAUAAAAGUAAUAUAAAUGUUAUAUCAUCAACGUACAAUUACUUUAAUGUUAAUUAUAAUAUAUAAGUAACAUGUUAUCUUU